GUUUCUCCAAAACUUGAGCUCCUUUCCAUCACUGUCUCCCCAUAUAAAAAGAGGCCCCUAGUUCCAUAUGAUUAUGCACAUCAAGCACAAAUCCUUUUUCACCAAUUUCAAGAGCUAAGAACAGUCUUUUGAAGAGCAAGUAGAAGAUGAGUUCAACAAGCAGAGCAAUUGUAGCAGCCAGCGUAGGAGUUGUGGAGGCCAUGAAAGACCAGAUGAGUAUAUGCAGGUGGAAUAAUAUUAUAAGAUCCGCUCAGCAAAACACGAAGAACCAUCUCCGGUCGUUAUCUCAGACUAAGAACCUCUCCUCUUCAACUUCUGCAGUGGUUUCAAGCAAAGGAAGAGAGAAAAUGAAGAAGUCAGAAGAGUCUUUGAGGACGGUCAUGUACUUAAGCUGUUGGGGUCCCAACUGAGUGGUCUGAUCUGGUGAUCUGAAGAAAGUCACGAGGCAGGCAGUGAGUUCUCCGAGAACGCCGUUGCGUGAAGAAGUCCUAAGAGAAUACAUACGGUACAUGUACUUUGUACAUGGCAAUGGCAUGGGGGUGGGAAAUGUCAGGCCGUGCUGGUCACGAGGGGAUCGGAGAUGUUAGACAACUUAGACUGGCUAUAAGAGUACAUAGUUGAUGAAGAAAUAUCUGAAAUUGUAAGCUGGAACGAGCAAAUGCUCUGUUAAUUAAAUACACGGAUAUUAUAUA